AUGGUGUACCGACCUCAUUUCUUCUUGACCUCAUCCCAAAUAUUCUCGUCCGUUGUCUACGCUACCGCACUGUUCCGUCCGACCUGGCAGACGACAAUGAGCACCACUCCCGUCAACCCGUUACCCACAUUCGCCCUUCCUCCAUCACAUCUUCUCAGCUCCUCGACUUGGUAUGAUAAUACGGGUGUGUACAAGAACACCAGGAAUAGUGUUGCGAUGUGA